AUGACUACCACUCCGCCGCCGUCAUCCGCCAUUCGGCCUCCUCCCACUCCUCGCUAUGGCUCUCGGUACGAUAACUACGAGCCAUAUUCCCCUCGCCGCUCCAAACGCAUUGCGGACCAGCAACACCUAUUUAAUGACUCUGCUGCUGCUCCAGACGCGAGCACCGCGGACCUUAUCAAAGAGCACACCUUAAGACGCGACCAGGAGCUACACCAGCUUGGCGUUAGUGGCAGAGCUACUUACUCUCCACCACACUCACAACCUGGCUCUCCUAAGCGAAGAAGUGAAAGACAGGACAUGAACUCCCCUUCUCUUUCACCACAACCAAAGAGCAGAAUCAGAUCUGAGCCUGUUUCCUUUUCACUUUCUCUUCCUUCCUCUUCUUCUACUUCACACAGCAGCACAAUGGAGGCCAAUAUCAACAGCAGCUUAGCUGCCAACGGAAUGUUGCCUACGCCAGCGAAGACUCCUCGAAAGAAGCAGAUCGAAGACUUUGGUUCUACAGCUCGCACUCUGUUUUCAAGCAGCUCCAAAUCCAACGAAGACUCAGCAGCCAUGAUGCCGAAGCGCUCCAGAAGCAAAAAAUACUCAGGCUUCUCACUUGAGAGCUUUGAGGCUGACCCUCAGCAAGCUAGCCAACAGCCUAUAUCUAUCUUCACCGACUCUCGAGAUCGAAUUCCACAAGUGAACAAUAACCCGGACAAUCCUUUCCGCAGCAAGCCCGCUGAUGGUGAACCAUCCUCUUCCAAGGUCUCGGCAGACGCUGGUAGACGCAGAAAACUCGAUGAGAGCAGCCGCAAACGGGAUAAGAAGGUAGACAAGGCUAUACAUCGAGAUGACGGAUUACUUUAUGUUUUCCGAGGAAAGAAAGUGUUCCGCAAGUUCAAGCCAGAGGUAGAGGAGGAAGAAGGUGACGACGAUGACUUGGGUCUUUUGGCCUCUCGCAGCGAACUCACAACUGAGUCUAUACCCCGCAUCCGCCCUCUAACCCGCUCUUCCAUCAAACCUCGUGUCCUGUUUCCUGAGGCUACAGCUACUCCUGCUGUUCGUGAGGAGAAAAAAGAACCAAGCACCCCUUCAACCAUCUUUGAAGAAGAGGAGGAGCAAACUGAAGAGCCGGCUGAAGAGUCAGCUGAAACUGUCGACCAACCAGCCAUUGGUCAUGCAGAAGUUGAAUCAGAUAAUCCCAUCACUCCUCAAGGGCAAAUCACCCAAUUAGAUACCCCUUCAUCUCCGCUUGCUUCUGGACGCUCUCUCCGCUCCCAUGCCCUCAAGACAGGCUCUGAACCUGAAGCCGAACAUCGUGAUCCGGAGACUCCAACUGCAAAACGCUUUAGUCCUUUUGACAGAUGGCGCAGAGGCAAAUCUCACUCCACGCCCACCAAGACCAAGAAGAGAGGCAUCGAUGGCAACUCCAACCCCGCUUCAAAGAAGUCUCGCAGCCACUAA